AUGCCACCGCACGCCUUGCCCACUACCUCCACACCCGCAUCUAGGCGCGUCGUCUACGUCCUCCUCGCGGCGCUCGCCACGGCGCCGUUCCUGCUGCUCCUCCUCUACGGCGGCACCUCCCCGUCCGCGCUCUGCCCCGCUUCCUACCGCGCGCCCCGCCACCUCCCGUACCCGUCCGUGCUCUGGUCCAAGGUGCCCCCGCUCCCCGCGCUCCCCACCUCGCCGCACCCGGACUUCCACGGCUCUCGCUGGGUUGUCUUCACCGCGUCGCCGCACGCCCCGCGGCACCGGCCGCUGCGCGCGGUCCCGGGGUGGCAGCUCCUCGCCGUCGCCGACGAGGCGACCCCCGCGGACUGGUCCCAGCCAGGCGCCGUGCUGCUCACGCUCGCCGACCAGGCCCGCCUCGGAUUCCGCUCCGUCGCUUUCCUUCCAGCCCGGGGACCGGCGCGCAAGGCCGCGGCGUACCUCUUCGCCGUGCAGCGCGUGGCGCGGGUCAUCUACGACGCCGACGCUCGCAACGCCGUCCUGGGUGGGAACCUCACCGCUCACUUCGAUCCGUCGGUCUGGCCGCAGGGGCUGCCGCUGGAGAAGGCAGGGGAGCUGGAUGCUGAGGAGUUCUACACUGAGAUAUUCAGUGGUGGCCAAUUCAUGCAGCAAGGGAUGUGUAAUGGACUUCCAGAUGUUGACUCAGUGUUCUACUUUACCCGGAAGUCAUUGGAGAUGGAGGCAUUUGAUUUCCGGUUUGACGCGGAUGCACCCAAGGUUGCGCUGCCACAGGGCACAAUGACGCCAGUCAACUCUGUUAACACAUUGUUCCACUCGCCGGCGUUCUGGGGGCUUGCAUUGCCAGUGUCAGUGAGUCCAAUGGCAUCGGAUGUCAUACGCGGAUACUGGGCUCAGAGGAUACUAUGGGAGAUUGGAGGGUACCUAGUUGUCUACCCACCAACUGUGCACCGCAUAGAUAAUGUGCGUGCUCACCCAUUUGAUAACGAGAAGGAUCUCCAUGUCAAUGUCGGGAAGCUGAUAAAAUUCCUAAUGGAGUGGCGAUCCAGUAAGCGGACACUAUUUGAGCGGAUUCUUGAUCUAAGCUAUGCGAUGACAGAGGAGGGAUUCUGGGGUGAAAAGGAUUUGCAUUUCAUGACUGCUUGGCUGCAAGAUCUUGUUGCUAUCGGGUACCGGCAGCCACGGUUGAUGUCAUUGGAGAUUGACCGGCCUAGGGCAACCAUUGGACAUGGGGACAAGGACUUUGCACCAAAGAAGCUGCCUUCAGUGCAUCUUGGGGUUGAAGAGAUUGGGGAAGUAAGCACUGAGAUUGGCAAUCUAAUUAAAUGGAGGAAGCAUUUUGGUGAUAUCGUGCUCAUACUGCAUUGGACCGAACUUGUGGACCGAACUGCACUAGAGUGGAGGCUGCUUUACGGUCGGAUAUUUCGAGCAGUUGUUAUUCUUUCAGAGCAAAGCAAUUCUGAUCUUGCUGUGGAAUUCAGCAACUUGGCAAGCCUACAAGUGUUUGUUCGGUUUGGAGGUGCUCAAGGAUUUCUGUUCCUUCAAGAUCAUAUGGUCUUCAAUUACUGGAACCUCUUGAAUGCUGAUAAAGCUAAGCUCUGGAUAACCAACCAGGUGAAGGAAUCUUGGUCGGAUGUGCCUCUACAUGCGCUGAAGUGGUACCUCACGGAUGUGCUUCUUUGCGUUAAAAGGAACACGGGGUUCUUUACCCGGGGCGGGCGGACUUCAUCUACCACAGACGGGGCAGUGUCUCUGGAGAGAUCCUGGCUGAUCGACAAGCGCUUGAGUCGAAGCGGAGGAGGCCGCUAUGUGCCGACCUCGCGCCGACAACUUGGUGAUCACCGCACCAAGGAUGCGAGGUGGCGAUUCAAGGAAGAGAUGAAGGCCACCUUCCGUAGUGAGAUGAUCCCACCUAGGGCCUCUCCUCUUCACCGGGCAUCGAGGUGCACCGUAAUGACCGGAUCACACUUCGACAGUGCAUCGCUUACGCCCAAGCGCCGGGUGCUGAGCUAG